AUGAAAGAUGGGCAAAACCUUAUAAAAAGACUAGUAGAAACAAAAGUUAGUGGCCUUCGGAAUCCAGAAGAUUGUCCAACGAAGAAACAGCUCGCUCCGGCACUCCGCGGAUUAAUGAUUAGAUAUUGCAGAUUUGUCAAUCAAGCUAUACACAAUGUUCCAUCAGUGUUAAAUAUAAAUGAUGUUCUUGAUGUAUUAAAUAUUGAUUGUCAAGAAAUAGGUGAAAUAAGAAAUCAGAUUACGUUUAAAUUGGAUAAUAACAGAUUUAUUAUUAAAGAUGGUAUACGUAGUAGUGUACAAUAUUUAAUACGAUUGUGUCGAAAGAAAUUUGAUGAACAUCUGAAACAAUUAAAUCCAAAAGGUUCACGUUCAUCAGUUGUUCAACAAAUAUCACCAUCAACACCAUCACCACCAACAACAAAUAAUACUACAAGUACUAAUACAACAGCACUUGUACCAACACAACGGUCAUUAUCACCACGAACAAACAGCGUCAACAAAAGCUGA